UGAGAACAGCUACCGCGGCGGUUCUCUUUUGACUUCCUCACGAGCUCGUUUUGUGCAAAGUCUCCUUCGACUAUCUGUUCAAUAGCCACACCACCCAAACGCACAACCUUACUUCUUCACCUAAAAACAAUCCCUUCUCUCUCUCUCUCUCUCUCACACACACACACACACACAAUUCUGCCCAACAAAGGCUGCCAACAGCUAAUCCUAAACCAAUUAAAAUAUCUAAUCCCCAGACCAGAUAGGCCAAUUGCUCCUAAUCUCACAGUCCGAAUGAUCCAGAAUACGAAGCCCAGCGAAGACAUCUUCACAAGGCUAUUUGCAUUUACCACUUCCUGGCGAUCUGUAUUUAUUUUCUGAUAUGUCCAUUCUGCGGCCUUAAGACGAGUGAUUAGCCCAGCAGAGCAACUGCCCAAUGGACGAAAAUCUUGAGAAGCUGUUGUUCCUCAUCAGCUUUUGCAGUAAUGGAUCUACGCCUAACCUCUGGGCCAAAAAUUACAGAUGCCAAAGUCAUCCCAGGCCGGAGCACCACCCCGGGCCUCCCACAGCAGCACGGUGGAGUCAGCGAUGUUGUAGAGAAAACCCCUUUCAAUCAGGUGUCCUGCUGUGGGCCUGUAUCUUGCACCAGCUGCUGCCACUCUAGACUGCCCUCUCUGUCAGAGUCUACUUGCAGCUGCUUGCUCUACAUCCUUCUCCAUGUGGGGGCCUCAGCAAUCUGCUGCCUCCUGCUGUCCAGGAAGGUGUUAGAAAGGGUCUGGGGCAAAGCACGUGGGAUCCAGAUGCCCUCAGUGCUGUGUGCCCACCUGUUUGGCAACUCUGACUGUCCAGUACUCAGUGGCUCUGGGGCUGUGUAUCGAGUAUGUGCAGGAACUGCCACCUUCCACCUGAUGCAGGCUGUGCUGCUAGUCCGCCUCCACUCCCCUACCAGCCCUCGGGCACAGCUACAUAACAGCUUCUGGAGCCUCAAGCUGUUGCUCCUGUUUGGUCUCUGCACCGUUGCCUUCUGCAUCCCGGACGAGCAUCUCUUCCCAGCCUGGCAUUACAUUGGCAUCUGUGGAGGCUUCAUAUUCAUCCUACUACAGCUGGUGCUUAUCACAGCCUUUGCCCACUCCUGGAACAAGAACUGGCAGACUGGCGCAGCCCAAGACUGUAGCUGGUUCCUGGGUGUGUUACUGGCCACCCUAGGAUUCUACAGUAUGGCAGGUGCAGGAGCCGUGCUAAUGUUCCACCACUACACACACCCUGAUGGUUGCCUGCUCAACAAGAUGUUACUCAGUCUGCACCUUUGCUUCUGUGGCCUCCUCUCUCUCCUCUCCAUUGCACCUUGCAUCCGCCUCAAGCACCCAAACUCCGGCCUUCUGCAGGCGUCUGUCAUCAGCUGCUACAUCAUGUAUCUGACCUUCUCUGCACUGUCCAGUCGUCCCCCAGACACAAUAACCUUUCAAGGACAGAAUCACACCUUGUGCCUGCCUGGCCAGACUAAAAAGGAACCACACAUACCGAAUACCUUGGUGGCAGUGCUGAGUGCUGGCAUCAUGUAUGCUUGUGUGCUUUUUGCUUGCAACGAAGCUUCCUAUCUGGCCGAGUUAUUGGGACCCAUGUGGAUCAUCAAGGUUUACAAUUACGAAUUCCAGAAACCCUCACUCAACUUCUGCUGCCCCCAAACAGUGGAACCAGAGGAUGGGCAAAGGAGCAGAACGAGGUCAGGUGACCCAGAGAUGUGGCCAGCUGCUCAGGUGCAGAGGCAGCAUCUUCCCUACAGCUACUCGGCUUUCCACUUCGCCUUCUUCCUUGCUUCGCUCUAUGUCAUGGUUACCCUUACCAACUGGUUCAGCUAUGAGGGAGCAGAACUGGAGAAGACCUUCACAAAGGGUAGCUGGGCUACCUUCUGGGUCAAAGUUGCCUCCUGCUGGGCCUGCGUACUCCUCUAUCUGGGGCUGCUCCUGGCACCAUUCUGUUGGCUCCCCACUCAGAAAUUCCCACCACCCUAGUAUUUCUCGGCCAGGUCAAAACUGGCUCCCCAACUAUUGUAACAAACUGGGAGACCCUUUAGAUUAUGCUCCUAACCUUGGCUCCAAAGCCACCCAGCCCAGCUCAGGACCUCAAGGACAAAUGAGCACUUACUAGCACUAAGGUACAAUA